AAUCCACUUCAUUGUUUUUGGGAAGCCCUUUCGUUUCUUGACGAGCUUCAUUGAAACAGCUCGCUGAUCCUUGAAGCCGCUUCCGUCGUUGAUGUUCCCUUGCAUCAGCCGUCCUCUCGCCCGCUUACCCGCCAAAACCAUCCUCCGCAUUCUCAAAGCCUCCUCUUUUCGGGCCAUCCCAACGUGUAAGCUCCACACCCAUCACUCGUUCGACGAAAUUCCCCACCGGGACCUCCGGUCGGUUAACUCCCUCCUCGCUUCGCGGGUUCGCUGCGGCGACGCUGCUGGCGCAUGGGACCUGUUUCUUUGCUUGCAUCGGUCUCGGACCGACCUCGAUGCGUACACUUUCACACCUGCCUUGAGCGCUUGCUCGGCGCUUCCGCACCCGCAACGUGGCCGGCUAGUCCAUGGCUUGAUGAUCAAGAUGGGUGUGGACUCCGGAACCAUAAGCAGAACCGCCCUCAUGGACGUCUAUUCCAAGUAUGGUCGCUUGAACGAGUCGGUGAAGGUGUUUGGAGAGAUGGAGUUUAAGGAUGUUGUCAGUUGGAAUGCUCUGCUUUCGAGUUUUCUGCGUCAUGGCCUCGCGAAUUGUGCACUCGAUGUUUUUGAAGAUAUGAGGAAGGAAAAUGUGGAAAUCAGCGAGUUUACCUUGUGUUCGAUGCUUAAAGCUUGUGCUCUGCUUGAGGCAUGUUCUCAGGGGAAGCAGGUUCAUGGUAUGGUGGUAGUUAUUGGCCGGGACUUGGUGGUCUUGUCCACAGCCUUGAUAGAUUUUUACUCCAGCAUGGGGCAUAUUGAGGAAGCCUUGAAAGUUUACAAUUGUGUUGAUCGGAGUGAGAAUGUGAUGCGAAAUGCAAUGAUUUCCGGUUGUGUUAGGAAUCUGAAGUAUAAAGAGGCCUUCUCAAUAAUGUCUUCAAUGAAACCAAAUGUUAUUGCCCUUACAAGUGCUCUUGCAGCUUGCUCUGAGAACUCAGAUUUGUGGAUUGGGAAGCAGAUUCAUUGUGUGGCAAUACGUUUUGGGUUCACCUCCGAUACUCAACUGUGCAAUGUUUUGUUGGACACGUAUGCCAAGUGCGGGAAAGUUGGUCAUGCCAAGACAUUGUUUGAUAGCAUUUUGGGAAAGGAUGUGGUUUCUUGGACAACCAUGAUAGAUGCACAUGGAAUAAACGGCAAUGGGCUUGAAGCUUUCAUGCUUUUCAACAAGAUGGGUGAGCUGCGAAGCGAAGUCACACCAAAUCACGUGACCCUUCUUGCUGUUUUAUCAGCAUGUGGUCACUCGGGAUUGGUGGAUCAAGGUAGGGCAAGCAUCAACCUGGCUAGGGAUAAGUAUGGUUUGAACGCUGGUCCAGAGCAUUAUGCUUGUUUCAUGGAUAGUUUAGGUCGGGCAGGUCGAAUAGAAGAUGCUUGGUGCGUGUUUCAUGAAAUGGUUGAGGGUAAGUGCAGACCUAAUACUGCUGUCUGGGCAGCUUUGCUGAAUGCUUGUAGUCUCAAUCGAGAUUUCUCUAGGGGGGAGCGUGCUGCAAAGCAACUGUUGGAAUUGGAGCCCGAUAAAGCAGGGAAUUACGUUCUGGUUUCGAAUUUUUAUGCCGCUUUUGGUAUGUGGGACUCCUUAGUUGCUGUGAGGAAUGAAAUGAAGAAGAAAGGGCUUGUCAAAGAAUCGGGAAGUAGCUGGGUCACUGCUAAUCCACCAUGAGGAAGGCAUUGUCUUUUCAUAGCUGAUAUAGUGGAAGAGCUUGUUGAGCACCACUACUUUGGUGCAGUGACGAGGCUAUUUUCCGUUAGUCAAAUAUGAGUUAUUCUAGGCAUGGACUGCAAACUUGACAUUAGCAAAGCUUCAAUACUUAUCUAACUUGUGGUUUCAUAAGGAUAACUGGACGAUGGCAAUGAUUCUGAGUUCAUAUCUGUGCUGAGCUGAGUCACUGAUGUGUGUGUGGUACUUGGAUUGCAUGUGCUUACUAAUUCCUUUAUUCACGGAUGAAGGAAUCCUAUCUGGAUGCACCAUGAGGAUGAAUUUUUGAUUCAAGUACUUCCGCUUUUUUCACGACUUGGUGGCAAACUGCCCUUAUCGGCGUCGAUCUCCCCCCCUCCCCCUGCGGCUCCGCACAGAUUCGAUCUCUCCUAGGCAAGUUUGUACAGGCUUUUCUUGCACGCGUGCCCGUUUUCACUGGUAAGAUUUUUGUUGCUGUCGAGCUCUUCUGUGUUUCUGAUUUGGGGACUGAGCUGGAUGACCAAGCAUUUCGUGUCUUCUGCACUCACUUUUUGCUCGAUCAGAUUGUGUACGUGUCUACUGUUGCUUGAGGAAAUGUGGGUGUAGAUGAAGGCUUGAUUUUGUUUGUUUGUGUCCUUGGAUCCAGGUUGUGGAAUGUUGUUUCCCAUGAGGCGUUUUGAGCUGCAUUUGCUUUUUGGACAAAAUUCCUUCAGUUCGUGUCUUUGUACGAAGUUCCUUCAGUUAGUGAUGGGUUUGCGUGUAGUGGACGUGUGUGUCUUUAUGUGUUGCAUCUUCUCGGAAUUGGGGCUGUGGAGCUGCAAUGAACUGGUUGAAGCCGAUGUUGUGGCACUUAUAGAUUGCCCGAGAAGUUGCUUGCUCGUGUAGAACAUGUGUGCUGAUAAACUUUAAAUGAUUAGAUUUCUUGUUGUUAGCUAUUAGAGGAGGUGAAUCGUGGUUACUGAAGUUCAUCUCAGUGAUCUGCUUGAAUGUCCCCUUUUGUUGUUGCUAUCGCAAGUGAAGUGAUCUGGUUCAUAGACAUUAGAAUAAUUUUCGGAUGACACCCAGUUCAUGGGUGAUUGUGAUUUACUGAAUUUGAGCAUGGUGCCAGCUAGCCGAAUUGGUAAGAAAAGAGUAUGUUGUGGCUACUUUUGGAGUGUACGCAGUGGGCUUUCUUAAUUGUCCUUGCUCUUGCUCUUGCUCUUAUUUCUGUUCUGUGUUAGAUAAUUCUGCUGCUCUUUAAACCUAUAUGACUUGGAAAAUGUUACAACUGAUUUGUGCUCUCCCAUUGAGUUUGACAAGUGUUUGAUUCCAUGUUUCGUAGAUAUAUAACAUGUUAUAACCCCUAAGUUCUUUAUAAGUAUUUCGAUUUAAUUUGCUUUUUUAAAUUUGGUAAUAUAGGAGGGUAUGGGUUCUCCUAGAAUAUUAAUGUGUUUUAGUAAUAUGGGUCAGGUAGGAUUCGGGUAUAGGUCAUUAAAUUUACAUUUCAUGGAACGGGACAAUACCAUUUUCGACCCAAUCGAAACCCGAUCCGACCCACUCAUUUGAUGUCCUCCGGUCAUUAAAUUUAUAUUGCAUGGAAAUGGGUUAAAAAGAGUUAAAAUCGAUCGGACCAUUUUCGAAUUGGCCCAACCCACCUAUUUGAUAGCCCUACUAAUGAGUAGCGAUGCAUCAAAUUACUUUUUUCUUGACUUCUAAAGUCUGAUAAAAUUGUCCUAGAUGAUUGUGGGAACGCUUUUGUUAAUGUUGACUCACAUCGUCAAAUGCCUAUGUUUCUUCAGGCUCUCGCAUCAGUCAGUGGUGCUGUUCCUAUAGCGCUCUAUUGACGGCUGCAUACAAGUCCAUUGUGUUAGGGGCAAGUCCAAUUUGACCGUAUAUGUGUGUGACACACAAACUAAAAUCUCUAAAUGCCAAGAAAAAGAGCGAAGAGAACUGUUAAACAACCUGCUUCACCACCCGGUGGAGAUGAGAAAGGGUCAUUAGGCGAUACCAGAGUUGAUGCUUCGAUCGAAGUGGAAAGAAGAGUUGCAGUAAUCAGAGCUAUUCGUGAUGUACAGAUUGAGCAUUUGCUGAUUGAGUUACGACUACUGCACUCUUGUAUGACUGAGGAACAGAUGGGAAGUCCCGUGCUGCAGUUUCUCACUGAAAAUCUUUCACAUCUCUCAUUUGAUCUAGACAAAGAGGAUGGGCAGUUUGAAGUCCACUGGGGAGAUAAAGAUGGAAAAUUUUGUCUGGACAACACUGAUGGAAAAACUCUACAUGCGUCGCUUCUCCACCGGAUGUCCAUUGCUCACCCUGAGAACUCUGAUGCAGUUCCAUACUUUGGUGGCUCUGAGUUCUCCAGCAAAGGCGUUACCGUUUGUUCUUGAAGCAUGCACAACAUAGGAAAAAUAUUCAAAAUCCCACUUCUAUACUUAGUGGAUCUGCUUGAUUGUUGCAUGGAAAUCGGACCUUCUAAGUUCGGAAAAUCUGCAAAUGAGGAACUUUGUAUGUUCUUUCAAGCUCUCAUCCUCUAGCUUUUACUGCUGUUAGAUGAUGGGGCUCAAAAAGAUACAACCUUGAGAAUCUUUCGCCUCUUACAUCUGCCGUCUUUUCCCUUUUUAUGAAAAACCAAUAGAUACUCAAGCCAGUCUGCAAUAAUUGUUUCUCCUUUGUUCUUGUUUCGGUCA